AUGAUGAAAGCUGAAGCCGCAAAAUUAGGGUUGGAAUAUACUCAAUCGAACAGGUCUGACAACAACCAUUGGUACGGAAUAGCCAACCCGCUAUUCAAUAUUCUAUCUGCAUUUAAGAUAAGGUAUGAUGAAAUCAGAAUAGGAGUCUCGAGAAUCCCCGUAGGAAAGAAGGGAAACACAACUGACUAUGUAGAUAUAUCUCAAUAUGGGCUAACUCCUGCACACCAUGUGCUUUUAGAGGGCUCCACCUACAAACCAGAGAGGAGAUCAGCAAUGGCACAAACUCUAGGACCUCUUACAGCAGUUUUGGCAGCUUACAAAUCAAGAGAGCCAUACAGAAACAUGUGGGUUGAAGCUGUUAAAAGAGACUUUGUGCACAUUCCUGAUGCUAUUAAUCUGUGUAACGCAAUGCGAGGGAAAAGGGCUGAAGAAAUAGCGCCUGCCUUGAGUGCCUUCGCUGAUGUAAUAUUGAUUGCAAGGAAUGCGCAAAGAGCUUUCUUUCCUCUUUGCUUUAUAAUAUAUUGCCUUGGAACUGCGGGCCAGCUGAAGAAAUGUAUUGGAGAAGCGGACGCGUUCAAGCCUAUUUGGCAGUUUUAUGAAGCGAUGGAAGAUACGAAUGCAAAAGCAACUGCAAUAGUGAAGAAAAUAGUGAUUAACCUUUAUGUUGUUGCACAAAUAACUUCACCUAUAAUUCUAGGUGUUGAUUUUUGGCAGGUGUUUGACUUAGGGAGUGACCUUGCAUCCGAAGUACAGUUUGACCGAAAGUCGGAGUUACCAAUAAGUAAUAGCAUAAAUCCGGUUUCUCUUAAUAAAGGCCUUGAAGAAUACGAGUCUUUAUCCAUAGAACAAAAACAAAUCAUGGAUAAUUUAAUCCAACAGUUUGAUACAAUUAACACAGUUAAAAUCAAAGACAUGGAGGAAUAUAUAAGCAUUGAUGAAUUUGAUUGUGGGGAAAGUAGCAGUACUACUGAAGUGCAAAAUAGCGAAGCAGGAAACAGUGCCUCACAAGCUACUUUAGAGAACAGUAACCCUGCUACUAAAUUUAAAGUGGUACAGAAACGUCGAGCGAAAAACCCGCCGGAAUUACAGGAAGCCAGCAAGCAGAUGAGCGCUGCAUUCAAUACAUUAAAUAGUGUGUUGCAAACCAAGAAAAAUACAGCAGAUAAAGAAAACGAUGACGCUGAUUUGUUUUGUAAACUUCUGGCAAAACAGCUCAAGGAUUUCCCUAAAGACGAAAGAGAAGAGAUAAUGUACGAAAUUAAAUAA